UUAAUUGGGUGACAGUCUAAGAAUACACAGAUAUAUGGCCUGAAGAUGUGUAUGUCCUAAAAGAUGGUGUCCACAAUUAGAAGCAGCUUGUGUUUGGCUCCCACCAGGACUUGGUAGGGACAACCCUCAUCCGCUUGGGGUCUGAGGGUGAGGAAGUCUGUCUGGAUCUCUAGCCUGCCAGUAGGAGAGCAUGUGCGAUUAUCAGAUCCAGUUCCAAAAAUGCCCGAGAUCUCUCAAACUGAGAAGGGACGCAAGCAAUCCUACAGCCCUCCUAAAUUCUGAGACUCCGUUAAGUGUUAAAAAUUCCCCGGGAUGUGAAAUUACCUCCCUUUCAAGUUCUCCACUAACUAACGCGCAGCCGCUGCAAACCUCAGCCGGUACCUGCAAUCUGGAAGGCUAAGAGAGAGCAUCCUGAGGUGCUCGCCUGGCUGCUGGGUGAAGUGUUGGCCUGCCUGGGUCCUUGCAUCGCCCCUUCAGCAGUGUGAGGCAGCAUUUUUGUCCUGCAGGUACAGUAGGUACUGGAUUAAACAGGUCUGCUGUUGAAGACAGACACCAGGCACCGUUCUAGCACGAGCUGUGUUUGGAUUGGAGUUUCCAGGGCCUUAUCAGGAGCCACCCCUAGUGACACAGCCAGUGCCAGAACUAACUUUGACUUUCACUCUUCGCCAAGGGCUUGAAGAGCACCUUAAAGGAAAAAAGAUGGAGGCGCUUAGAGUUCAGAUGUUCAUGCCUUGCUCCUUUGAAAGCUUAUAUCUCAGUUCCGAGGAGCAUCCUGGGGCCUCCAAGCCUCCGAUAAGCUCCUCCAGUAUGACAUCACGCAUCUUGCUACGCCAGCAACUCAUGCGUGAGCAAAUGCAGGAGCGCAGGGAGCAGCAGCAGAAGCUGCAGGCGGCCCAGUUCAUGCAACAGAGAGUGCCAGUGAGUCAGACCCCGGCCAUAAACGUCAGCGUGCCCACCACCACCCUUCCCUCUGCCACCCAGGUGCCGAUGGAAGUCCUCAAGGUACGUGAGUGUCGCUCUUGUUGGUUGGGCCAAGCCCUCUUCGAGAGCAGCAUUUUCCAUUUCCUAGGUGUUUUCUUUCUCUGACUGUGUUUUUGGUCCUCUUGACCCCUCUGCAUGCUGUCUGUCAAGGCCAACUCUACUCAUGCUACCUGGCUUUGCAUUUUAAAGGAAGGACGGAAAGUAACCGGGGAUUUAGGUAGUAGCCCUCCCUAUGUGGGGGAAGAGUGUUGAUGUUCUAUGAGAAACAGCCAGUGGGGACAGGUGCCUGUUGCAAUGCUAUCUUUCCAUUUUUCUUUAGGAAAGUUUCAGAAAUGGAUCUCUGCUAAUAACUUAUGUAUUUUUUUUUCCUCCCUCCAAACAUUCCACGGCCAUUCUUUAAUUUUCUUCUUUAUUUAGUAAGUAAUCCUGGCUAUAGAAUCUGACCGUUUGGGAAAGUCCCUUCUGAGAUAAACCUGUAGGAGAGCUUUCUUCACUUUAAUAACCAAAAUGCAUAAUCCUUUAACUGAAGUGGUCUGUUUGGGGCCCCUUUGAUUUCUUGCUAGAGUAGAACCUGCAGGAGCUUGUUAGCAUCAUUCUAUCAGGGACAUAUAGCUUCCUAAUUACUGGGGAAAACUGUAACAAGUCUGAGAAUAGAAUUCCAUCUCACACAUGUGUUCCUUCACAUCACACUGGGACAUCCUCCCUGUUGAAAGAUGAGCAUUCCACCUCUUAAAUAUGACUGAUGCAGGGAAAGCUAAAAGCAAAGUGAGGGAACUUCCUCACUUAAAAGAAAAAUUUUUUAACCCAUUCACCUAAUUGAUUCAUUGUAAAGAACCCCAAGUGUUACUGUUCAUUAAGCAAUGUGAACUUUACACACUGGUGAUUCAUUGUUGGUCUUUGCAUUCAUUCAUGUGCUCAGGAGAAAAACAUCUCCCGCUAUUUAAAGUUUACAAUUAAAGUAAAUAGAGAGAUGAUGUGUUAUAACUGGAAGCAGUAUAUGAUUCUUACCAGGAAGUACGAAAAGAUUCUUUAAAAACAAAUUGAAAGUCAUUGUUUUUUAUUUGCAAAGACCCCUUUAAAACGUAGUGAUGAGAUAAUGAAGCUCUUUCAUGAAAAAACAGGAAUUUUGCGAGGGCAAAAGAGAUCCAAACAGUUUAGCAUAAACCAUUACUCUGAUGUGAUUGAAGUUCUGGAUAUUGCCACAAAUAAUGGAUAUGUUGUAUCCUCCCCACCUCCCGAUAAAGGCAGGUUUUCUUUUAGAAAUAGGUUAUAUAUUACAUCUCUCUGUUCCGCUUGGGUGAAAAUUGGUAAUCGCUAAGUUUUUAUAAAUUUAAGAUCUACGUUGUCUGGUGUUCACAGGAAUCACAUUAGUUUUGUCUGUGCCUUUUAAAGUUCUGUGAAUUAAGUGAUAAUAAAAUGUGGAGAAAUAUGUCUAUUUUAUUCACUGUAAUAGUCUACUUUUCAAUCUGAAGGAUAAAUUUUAGAAGAGGUGACGUGGAUUUGUGCUAGUAGGUGAUUUAUGUCCAAUUCAAAGGUAAUGUUUCAUAUUGUAUUAAAGUAUAUGAAUUGCAAUCACUACCUUCUAUUAAGGCAGUUAUAUGUGAUGGUGUGGAAAUCACCCACAUGCAGAUGCA